GCAUAGAAGGCGGGACUUGUUAUAAAAAGGAAUGGACGCAGAGAGGAGUUGGUUAAUUUCUAUAACAAAAUAUAAUAAUAAGGUUUAGAGCUGGUUCUCAUAUCAAAAAUAAGAAGAUUGUUCAUCUGUAGUCGGUGUGGUAUUUCAAAUACACAGACAUGAGUUCAGAGCUACCUCUCCUGCUAGAGACCAUCAACUUCUCUGCAGAGAAACACAGAAAUCAGCGCCGCAAAGAUCCCGAUGCAACCCCCUACAUCAACCACCCCAUAGGAGUGGCGAGGAUCCUGAGUCACGAAGGUGGGAUCACAGAUAUUGAAGUUUUGCAAGCAGCACUGCUUCAUGACACUGUAGAAGACACAGACACCACUUUUGAAGAACUGGAAGGUAUGUUUGGAAAUAAAGUAGCUAGGAUUGUCCAGGAAGUGACUGAUGACAAAACGCUUCCUAAACAAGAAAGAAAGCUGCAGCAAGUGAAGCAUGCACCCCACUGCAGCCACCAAGCUAAACUGGUCAAACUGGCUGACAAACUGUACAAUCUCCGUGAUCUCAAUCGCUGCACCCCUACAGGCUGGACAGCAGACCGUGUUCAGGAGUAUUUUGUAUGGGCGGCUCAGGUAGUAAAAGGGCUUCGUGGAACCAAUGCUGCACUUGAGGAAAAGCUGCUACUGCUCUUCAAGGAGAGAAAUGUGGACAUGUGACCAUAAAGGAGCUGUUCACCUGGUUCAGCUUUUAUAUUGUUGUAAACAUUCAAGAAUGAAAUAUCUCUAUGAUUCAAUCCAUAAUAUUUAUGGUUUAGCAUUUUUAUGGAUUAUGUUGGAUUUUUUUUUUUAUUAAUACAUUCAUCAGAUGAAUGUACUAUGUUAUUCACACUGACAAAUAAAAAACAAAUAAAUGUAUAUCUUC